CAUCUGCUGUCCACACGAAGCCAUAAGAAGAUGCCAGUACUACAGCAUGGUACACGCGGUCGACUUCCACGCUUUUAUCCCUAGGUCUCUCUACGAAGAUCAGUGCUACAAACUACAAACAGCCUUGACCUGUGUUGAGAACAUCCAAAAGGCCAACAAAGGAUGUCACGAGAUGCUACAGUUGCCAUUUCACAUGCAGAAACAGGUGGUCCAAGCCGUCUGCAUCUCCAACAGACCAGACUACAUGGAAAGCGUUGAUUGUUUUACGCAACCAAAGGUCUCCACCCACCUUAAAGAAAGCUGCUUGGGACAACUCUUGAAAAAUCAAUCAUGCAGUACUUUGGAUACAAUCAAAUCGUGCGUCUAUGACGUCAUCAAAAUGACCCACAACUGCACGCCCAAGCACGCUAAAUUUAUGCAACAACUGUUUUUUUUGUACACCUCUUGGUUUCACAACAUGCACCGUUGUCCUGUGGAUUCUAUAGAUUUAAAUCAAACAACAGAGAGUAUCCCCAGUUCAACACCACCCCAACUCGAACCCACAACAUCAACAAUCUCCACAGACCCAGCUACCACCUCCCCCACACCCACGGAGCUAACGUCUACUGACACGACGCUGGGAUCCACAUGGAAGCCACCCAUCUCCCUACCCCCGGCUACUUCAACUUUUCUAGAAUCUUCCACCCCCACUGAGACCAAGUUACCUGCAAUGAAGGAGGUUCACGCGCCAAGGUACGCUAGCACCAGAGGAACAAGGAACAACUCAAAUCGUCUCAGUUUUAAUAACUCUUUUCUUCUUCUCAUGUUUGCUAUCAAACGGCUGAUAUUCUAGAAAGGUCUAUUAUACAGUAGUGUGUUCAUUAUUGUAAGCUUCGAAUCUACGGUAAGCUAG